AUGAGUCACUCUGGAAAUGAAGAUAACCGCACCGAGUGGCAGUGUAGUUUUGGGAGCGCCGACACAUCAACACCUUCCCCCAGCCUGGCCCCCAACACACUGUCCCCCAACAGCCUCCUGUCCGCACACGCCCCACACCCGCGGGUGACUCGACCGUCCCACAGCUUGGGGCUCAGCCGCAUGCUCAGGAGGAAGGGGAGUUAUGACCCAACGCAACGCUCCGCUUCUGAUGACAAGAGUGAUAUUUCUGAGUACUCAUGGCGUUCAGACAGCAUGCUGAGCGACCUCGACUACGAAGGAGGCUCACAAUCAGUAUUUUCUCUCAACGACGCCACCAUGACACCCGCGCCAUCUUGGAUCUCUUCAAACCAUUCACUUCAACGACAGGAGAGCUACCAGCACAGGCCUGGAUCGUUGCUGCAGCGGCAGGAUACUUCAGUUACGCUGAAGGCGGGCGACCCGCCGAGCCGACACAGUCCCGUGCAGGCCAGUCGGUCGCUCUGUGUCUUCAAACACGCGCGCUCAAACUCAGCCACCGAGAAAGCAAGCGGUCAAGCCAGGCUAACUGUCCCAGGUGACUCCAACAAGUCCCGGCGACCGUCACUAUUAAGCCUCCGCUCCCUCACCCGUUCACCCAUCCCCUACAUGAGCAUGGACUACGACCCUGACUACGAGAACGACUGUCCCAUCGGGUGGCAGUACUACGGCAGGGCUUCCCCACACCCCAGGGGGAGCUACUCAGCGGGGAUGAGUGGCCUCAUCCCCGAGGCAAUACCCCGACUAACACUCACGCAACGACUGGCGUUCCCCAACUUGGUGCAAAAUUCCCUUGAUCGUCCCAGACCUCGGGAUCCGUUCAGUGAGGAGAACAACGGCAUGAACAGAGCAGCUAAACUGAUUACCUUACUUGUACUCACGAUGGUCACGGUGCUUAUUAUCGUGGGUGUGUACAAAACUUUCCAUUGAGCUCACACCUCGCAACGAAGCAAUUCUUCAAGACAGUCACUCUAAUGAAUUAACCUUUUUUUUCUUAGUUGUAGGAAAACAUACCCUCGAAUCACGAAUUGCAUGUAAUGGUAAUGUUGAGCUCCAGUGUUGCUACGCUAUACAUUUAUGGGAUAGUGUUGCUACACUAUACUUUGAUGCGAUAGAUUCUGAUAAAACAGUUUGGAUUAAAUUGCGAGUAAGAAUGCUCGGCAAUGAUGCUGGCUCGAAAUGCGUGUCGACUCAUCUGGGCAGAAUGAAUAUCUAUUGAUGGAAUGAGGCAGAUAAAUUAUAUCAACGCAAAUGAUAUUUGUUAAUUCUUUACAGAACAAAAAGUUUCAAAUGCAAAUGUUAUUCGCAAAAAGAUGAGGAUAGCCUGGAUUAAACUGAAAAAUACUGACAAAUGCAAUACAUAGCAUAGAGUUCUACUGCUUUGUUUUUGAUGCAGUGGUUCUGAUGGAUGAAGAACCAACAACGAGUGGAGAACUCGGUUUUAAUGUAUAAAAUUCCGAGUGACCUGUUUAUAUUGUCUAUCGUGUAUAAAAUAAUUUUAGAAGUUAACCAGGAAAAUCUGUAGAUUUCUGACUGAAAACGAACAAUGCAUGGUGUUUAUAGACGGAAAAUAUGUUCACUAUAAAAUACUUGAAGGUAACUACUGAAACAAGUUGCUGGUGACAACUAUCGUAUAUGUUUAUAGUUACGGUCGCUGAUGCUGCUUUAAAAUGACUUGAUAGUGAGAUUGCGUAGAUAUUUAGGUAGGUAUCAGGUGCAAUAAGAACUUUUUGUUAAUGUUGAAUGUUUAUUAUAAGACAACAGAACUUGGCACAAUCAUUGAAACGAAUAGUUCACAAUGUGCUAAGUAGAUUCAGGAUCUGAAUAAAAUCAUUGCAUUAUGAAUAGGAUAUUAUUUAUUAUGAAUAGAAUAUUAUUGAUUGCUAUUUUCCACCCUUACCAAAUGAAGCUUCUUGAAAUUACUUAGCAGCUCACUUUGGAUCUCUUAGCAUGAAUCAUCAAUAAAUUAUGAAUGCUGGCACACUAGAAAAAUAUUCUUUUUACAUAUUCAAUAUUCUUUUUACAUAUAAUCCAAUGAGCCUAUACCCUAUACAUUAAACUACCUCGUCAGUGAGAACGAUACUAUUUUUCAAGCCUGUGUUGCUCUUGCGGUUCGUAUAAUGUCAGUUCCUGUGUCGUCCACACAUAUUUUGCUAUAUUCCGAAGACUUUGCAAUAUUACACCAUAUAUACGCGUAGGUGGAACAGAAAUAACAUCUAAAUUGUAAUUACAGGUGCUUCUGUUGUGUGAAAUCUAAUCUUCCACUUAAACGAAUAAAGUGAUAGAGAUUGUAUUUGCUUGCAAUCAGCAACAAAAAACGUAGUUUUUAUGAGCCUCCGUCACUUCGAAUUUCUUCUAAACUUCGACGCUUCUGAAACACUUUCUUCUCUCCUUCUAUUAGUUGAAAAAUGUUAUGUAAUCGAUCGCUUAAAAUUACUUAUUAUGAUUCAUCAGUAACUGUUCAUAACGUCGACACGGUGCCUGUUGGGACGUUGAUAGUCUGAAUAAUUAACGAAACAUGAAAAAUAAACACAAAUGCCAUGUAAAUUUCCUAUUUAAAUAUGAGACUGAUGUUUGUGAAGCCAUUCAUGUGCAAUAUCUGGAAAAUGAUUGCAGUUACGUGAAAUGUCUAGUAAAGAAACACAUAUAACAUACUUACAUACAUACCUUUUGCCAGGAUUUAACUUCCAUUCACUAGACAAAUGUGACCCAAACAAUGACUUAAUAUUUUUUAGAGGUUCUUUUAGCAGAAAUGAAUUUUCAAGUUUGUGUUCAUCGUGAUAAUUUUUCGCUCGGCAUCGAUGAAAUAGUUAAAUUUUUGUAAUCAUUUGUCUUCAUCCUCGAAUUUCCUGUUGUGCUUACAUCCUUUACCAACGACGGCCUGUAUUAAAUUUCAACCAAUACCUAUACCAUUUGCCAACAAAGGAUUACAUUAAAUUUCAACCAGUACUUACACCCUGUACAAAAGACGGCCUGUAUUAAAAUCCAAACAAUACUUAUACACUUUACAAACAACGGCCUAUAUAAAUAUACGUAUUAAAUUUCAACCAAUACUUAUAUCUUUACCAACGACGACUAAAACCAUUUAUUUCACAUAGACUUAACCAUCUCUCAACGCUUUUCUCUAGCGGCGUAUAUCUGCUCACAUUUUAGUGUAAAGAAACAUGAUCCUAACCUGAAAUGAAUUAUCUGUAUUAUAUCCCUUACAAUGUACUUCAGAACUUGAACAAUAAUGGCUUCGAGCUCGUAGGUAUAGUCCUAGAGAACGAUUUAAUACGAUAAGAACUACGAAGUUAUAACUAGAACUGUACAUCUUAUGAAGCAUUAUAUUUAAUUCCGUUGUGGAUAAUAAAGACAAUAUUUUUCUACUACGGUCGUCAUUAAGUGAAAAAUUUCUGUUGCUCUGAAUUUUGCUUCAAUCACUAAAAGCCCUAGUAUAUUUGAAAACGAUCGAUAAUUUUUAAUUUAAUGUUAUCAUCAAAAAUGAAUU